AUGAAAAUUAAGACACCCAUGGAAUGGAGCAAAAAAUUGGAUCAUUCGAAGGGCGAUCAUCCGAAAAUAUUAGACUACCAAUGCUUCAUUCUCGGAAAGUAUGCCUACGACCAUGGACAGUACGCCAGGGCAGAGGAGUGGUUCCGUUUGGUUUUGAAGCGCAUCGAGACGGGUAACAACAUCCGGGGUAGUCCACAAACCGAUGAGAUCUAUCCUCUUCCCUUGGAAGGUAUACUGGACUACCUUCAGUAUUCCAUUGGAAGGCGUGGACACUAUCGUGAAGCGCUGGAAUUCACAAAGCGACUCCUCAAAGAAAAUCCGAACAAUGAGAAUGCUCUUAAAAGCUUACGAUUUUAUGAGUCCGAACUUGUUCGUCUACACGGAGGAGAACCAAUGCCUCCCGAAGAACAGCUGAAGGAGGAGAUCAUGCAAGUUGAGCCUCCAAUCGUUCUCUGGCACGAUUUUGUCACCGCAGGGGAGGUCGAACACAUUCAGGACAUUGCUCGACCCCGCGUGAGUCGCUUUGGUUGGUAA